UCGCCAUUCCCUGCAAGAUCGGCCUUGCGAUACAUACUUGGGAAUUAUCUAUCCCUCAAGGGCGUCGCCAAGCUCUGAAGACGCGCGUACAUUGCCCUCCUUUAUUGAUGCAAUGUAUAUAUAUAUAUAUAUGCGGAGCUUACCGCCGUCAUAGCUCUUGUGCAUAGAUUCUUUUCCUGUUGACACACGUAUGGUUUCUUGCCCUUGCACAGCAGGUCGCCCUUCUUCUGUAGCACGGUUUUCUUUUAUUGGAGCGCAUUUCGCCAGUUGACCGCGCGUUAAACAUGGAGUCUAAUUCUACUUUGGAAGGCAAAUACAAACUAGGUGAGGUGCUGGGAGUAGGCGGAUGGGGGACGGUCUACAAGACACUAGACAUCCAGAAUGGGAGUAUUGUGGCAGCCAAAGAAAUAGGUCUCAGCAAGAUCCCAAAGGGACAGCUCGGAAAUAUCAUGUCUGAGAUUACUUUGUUGAAGAGCCUGAGUCACCCGUUGGUCGUGAAGUACAUUGAUUCGUUCAAGACUGAGUAUUCGCUCUAUAUUAUCCUUGAAUAUGUAGAAGGGGGUUCGUUGGAGCUUAUUGCGAAGAAGUUCGGCUGCUUUCCGGAGCAUUUGUUGUCUCGGUACAUUCAUCAGGUGCUGGAGGGCCUGUCUUAUCUUCAUGGAGAGGGAGUCAUUCAUCGAGAUAUCAAGGGCGCGAACAUUCUGGCGACAAAGUCUGGACAAGUUAAGUUGACGGAUUUUGGCGUGGCGGUUCGAGACAAAGGUCCUUCUGAUGUUGAAAAGUUCGAUCCAGCCGGUUCGCCCUAUUGGAUGGCACCGGAAAUGGUUGAGAUGAAUGGAAUUACGACCAAGAGCGACAUUUGGAGUCUUGGCUGCACGAUUAUUGAGUUGUAUACGAGCAGACCGCCUUACUCGAAUUUGGCGCCGAUGGGUGCGCUUUUUCGGAUUGUGCAAGACGACAUGCCGCCCCUGCCCGAGGGUAUUUCUUCCCUGCUGAGGGAUCUUUUGAUGAAGUGCUUUCAGAAGGAGCCGUUUUUGAGGAGUUCUGCCGAGACUUUGUUGAAGCAUCGUUGGUUUUCUGCCCAUGCGAAGAUGACGACGGAGAUGCAAAUACCGAUAUCGGCGCAGGUCCAGCAGGCGUUGGAAGAGUACAACAAGAGGCUGAUGGCACAGUUGGAGCUGAAGAAGAUGGGGUCUUCGUUGUAUGGAGAGGGAGAAGAUCGAAGUCGUCGUCGUUCUAGAGCAAGUGACGCCGAUGGCCAGGCGGAGGAGGGGUACAGAAGCGACAGCAGCGAUUGGGGGAGCGAUUUUGAGGGGAAGAGGGUGGAAGGCGAGAUGUCUGCCCGUCCUAUUUGCACGGCAAGUAUAGACGAUGCGAUUUUAGAGGAAGAUUGGGAUGAUGGCGGUACUGAGAAAAUUGAGGCGGCAGAUGAUGAGAACUGGGACGACAUAGAGGGGUUUGAAGAGGUGGUCGAAGAUGUCGCUUCUGAAUUUUCGAAUCGUUUGACGAUGAAGAUGCAUUCACAAUGGGAUUCGUCUAAAACCGCGGUGGGGGAUUUGGAAGACAUUUUUGAGGAUGAGAGUUUCGAGGUGAGUGAGGACGAACGUAGCAUUAUGAAUGAUUACACGGCCCACGCGAUAAACAAGGCUGUAAGCACGGUUGAUUAUUUGAAUACGAUAACGGACGAAGAUUUGAUUUUUGAGAAAUGCACGGAAUUAGCGGCUUUGUUCGAGAAGUAUCCGAAGCAGAGACGCCAGAUUAUCGACCGAACUGGAGUAAUUCUGUUCGUCGAGCUGUUGAAGUUGAAAAACACGAAAAUAGCGCUAAUAGUUCUGAAGAUUUUGAGUGGGAUUGCCGGCGACCAAGCUGCUAUAGAGAGCUUCGCGGUGAUAGGUGGGUUCUUGGCGACGCUUCAAUACACGAAUGGGAAGUACUCUACUUCUCUUCGAAUGGAGGCGUGUAGCUUCGCGAAGAAGAUACUGAACUCUGGGCAGGAGGUGGUGAAGAUUUUCAUUAGCUCGAACGCACCGUCGGCAUUGGUAGAUUGCAUAUCGGUGGAGGAGGACUUUUACUUUAAGAAAGAAUUGUUUUUGACGGGUCUGGAUUGCAUUUUAUUGGUUUUCAACUCCAAAGUGAAGAUAAAGAUGUCAAUGAAUGAUUUUUGUCGGUUGUUUGCAAAAGCGCAACUUUUGGUUCAUUUGACGCGCGCGUUGAAACAAAUUGUCAAAGAGGCCGCUAUAUCUGAGAAAUACACCAAUCCCAUUGCAGACAUAUUAAUUACUUUUAGCAAGGGAGACUGCGUUGUGAAGUCCUACAUCUGCGAUCAGGAAGUCUUGAAAAAUUUGCUUCACCUUUUAGACGAUUUGGCGCCUUCGACCUAUUUAAGAAUUCUAAAGUCGAUCAAUGCGGUUAGCAUGUCACCCAACACGCUUCAUGCGCUUCAGAUGGCAGGCACUAUUAAGGUUUUGGUCAAGUUCAUGGCUCGGAGAGAAGGCGCGUUUCUUAUGGAGUCUCAACAGCAGCUUUUUAGUGCACUGUACAAUUUGUGUCGUCUUGACGUUACUCGUCAGCUUCAGGCGGCGAAGGCAGGUGCUAUACCACAUUUAAAAUGGGCCAUCGAGAACAACUACGUUCUCAAACAGUUUGCCCUCCCCAUCUUUUUUGAGAUGUCAAGAAACAAAAAAACCCGAGCUGAACUUUUUAAGUUCGAUUGUGUGAAUUUUUUUCUUGACCUAUUCAAGCAGCCCUAUCCGUGGCAAGUUCAGGCGAUUGACUCUGUGUCUUACUGUCUCGCCGACGACAACCGAAAGGUUUCUCUCAUAUUAGGCAACCGUGUAGACUGUUUUGUGGAGUUGUUUGCGACGGCCAACGAUGAAUCCCUUCUUUCUAUGCUAGAAAUUUUUCAUAAGAUCCUCAAGCUCAGCAAAUCCUUCAACCGCGUUCUAUGCGAUUCUCCCUUUUUGGAUUUACUUCUGGCCAGGAUAAACCAUCCGAACCCUCUCGUUCGAGUUAGUCUCAUGAAGUUGCUCAGGGCGUUCUAUGAAGUUCACCCGAGCCCUCAGUAUCUGGUGAAGGAGUUUGGACUUUUGGAGAUUCUGAGAUCUAUGGAGCAAGACGAAAAGGUUUUGGUUGCCGAGAUGGCCAGGAAGCUGGUUUCCCAAUUUUCUAAGACUCUUCGCAAGCACCAGAUUUAUCCCAAGGCGUCUCAUAAAAAACUGAGAGAAUAAUUUUUUUUAAAGCGCGUGA